AUGAAUUUGCCAAGAAAGGUAUUAGGAGGAGCAAUACGUCAUGUUGGUACUCAUACUACUAUGAAUCAUCUUAAAGAUGCGGUUCAAGCAGAUAUUAUACACAAGUGCGAACGUUUGGGAGAGUCAAUUUUAGACCCAUACAUGAGGCACGCGGAUUAUGACGGAUGUUGGGAGAGAAUUUCUGCGUUGAUGGAAAUUCAUUGUAGUAGAUGGACCCCAGCUCGAGUCGAGUAUGCUUGGACUCAUGGUGCAGCGAAUCUUUUCCCCGACGUUGUAUUAAGUUCAUGA